CUUAUAAAUAGGGAUCUCCGCUACGCCAUAGAGGACCUACCUUGGACCUAAAUGGAGGAAGAAUGGUGAGUACUUGGAGGGUCCUGCUGCUGCUGGGCCUGGCUACAGCAGUCACAGCUUUACCUAGAAGAAGGCUGACCUACAAGGAUGCUUCAGUCCUGGCUGCAAGGAGGUUUAACAAGAACUUAAAUGAAGGAGCAAAGUAUCGCGUUCUGGUGUCCAGUCUUCCAACUCCAGACUCACUUCUGGAGCUGCCACUGACAUUCAGAAUAAAGGAAACGGAGUGUCCUUCAUCAGGGCAGCAGAACCCAGAAACCUGUGCCUUCAAAGAGAAUGGAUUGGAGAAGAACUGUACAGCGAAGUUCACCAGGCUGACUCCUUUAGGGCUGAGUUCCGUCGAAUGCCAGGAUGUCGGCAAUAACAACAAUUUGGUUCACGUUAAAAGAUCUUCAUCCAAUGGAAUCAUUGACACCAGAUCCCUUCCACCCAAAAUUAGACAGAUAUAUGACCAGGCCAGAUAUAACACAAUACUUGGAAUCUUGAGGAACUUCUAAGGAAAAGAACUAGAAAAGAACCAGUGAAAUGGAGAAGCUUUGGUUGAUAUAAAAGCUGCACCUUUAUCCCUCUCCCUCCCUGCUUUGGUUGGAAAAUCCUCCCUCCCUGCUUUGGUUGGAAAUAAAUAAAAGUUGCAAUAAAAACUCUUCAGGGUUAUCAAUUUUCA